GUUUUAAGAGAUCGCUAGGAAUAAAACCUCCUUGUGAGGAAGUGAUCCUACUAGGGUUCUGCCACUUUCAGACUUUGGAUUGAUCGGAUCUUGGAGCCGUUGUCGUCAUACUUAGACUACACCCCUGUUGGCUUGUUCCUUGGGAACCAAUCAUUUCUCCUGAAUUCUCCCGUUCCUGGCUUAAAGUGGCAAUGAGCAGCUCUAUUCUACCGUCUUCUAUCAGACGAGCUGCCGAGCUGCCAAGUUUUUCCAACUUCGACUUGCCGCAUCCAGCGCAUUUUACUGGUAACCACCCUUACGGCAGAACACUACUGGCUGAUGCAAUCAUGGCAUCCGAUUGCCAUGUCCAUGAUGUACUUAGUGAGCUAAUGCCCAUGUCACCCCGUUACAUUCUGACAUUCACAAACCUCAACGUUACCAGGGCCUAUUAUACCCAAGGCCGAUACUGUUGUAUCUGCAAGUAUUAUGAUAAUUCUGCCCGUUAUUGGUCCCGGAAAUUCAUCCUUUGCGGUUUUGCUGUCCCCUAUAAACCUCAGACGGUCGCAGUGACCUCAUAUCCAUAUAUGAAGAUGCCACCCCGCCUUUCUGUAGUCAUCGCUGUGCAUAGAGUGGCGAUACCCUUCUAUGCGGUGAAUUUGAGAAGAGAUAACCCACGCGAUAGCCGGAUGCCCUUUCACCAUGACAUUUACCAAAGUCUUCAGUAGAAACUCUGACAUCGGAAGUCGACGAAACGAGACCCCGCGUCCAAGAUUUAAUUCGCUGGUUACCUCAGAUCGCCUGAGAGAAGGCUCACGGCCCCCGAGAUUUUCGAUGGGUAGUAAUAUUAGGAAAGGAAGACGAUCGAUAUUUAAAGAAGUAGGGUUGACCGAGGAGGAGGAAGAAACCCAACGAAAUAUAAUCCCUAAGCCGCACGAAGAGAGUGACGCCGGUGAAAGAAUUGAGCUAUCUUCGGAGAUAACGUCGCCGGUGGAAACAAGACCCUCGGAGGGACAGGAACCGGCAAAGGGAAAGUCGAAGUGGUUGUCUAAAUUAGCACUGUCGAGGCGCCCGAGGAUGAAAACUACUAGUAGUGCGCCACCUCCUAACAUUGCUGGGCUUCAUAGGCUCUCCAUGAUCGCUCUGCUCAUCGCAAUUGUUCUUCCUACCAUUAGUUAUAAUAACGGUCGUAAAAAGGUUGAGAUCAGCGGCGCAGACGCGGGCGUAAUUAGGCCAACUCCGACCGUGCUUCUCAAAGGCAGAGAGGACAGCCCUACCGAUGUUUGUACGAGAUGGGCUGGCCAAAGCGCUUUAAUCAACGGGACCGUGUACUUCUACGGUGGUCGUUCGAAGACUAACGGAGACCAGCAAGCGAAUACAUGGAACAACGACUUUAUAACCCUCGAUCUUACCAAGUCGUGGGAUAUCAGCUCACCGGCUCUGUCGAGGCUCCCUAGACCAUCGGGUCCGCCCGCGGUAUCCCUUGGCUAUCUCUGGAACGACUUAGACCGCGUAUACCUCUACGGCGGCGAGUUCUCUGAUAAUCCAAUCGCGAAACCCGCGCCGGUCUCUACGUGGAUGUACGAUGUGGCUUCCUCGACAUGGACGGAGUUUCAAGACCCUAAGACAUCAGCUGGGAACUUUUCAGAUCCCGAAGGCACUCCAGUGCAACGGGCGGCAGAAGGCGCUGGAAUAUCCGUGCCCGAGUUAGGUGUUAGUUGGUAUUUCGGCGGACAUCUAGACUGGGCUACUACGCCAGGAUGGACGAACCAGAUUGACCGUGUUUAUUUGAAAAGCCUACUCGAGUUUACGCACCCGGGAUAUGCAAACUCUGGGGUUGACUCGCUCUAUUCUUCCGGUGCCCCAGCAGGUGGUGCCUAUAGAAAUAUCACAUGGGGCGGCAUUCAAAACCAGGAGGGCUUCACCGAACGAGCUGACGGCGUUCUUGUUUACGUUCCUGGCUGGGGUCCAAACGGGAUUCUGCUAGGUCUAGGUGGAGGAGUUGUCGGAGAACACGAAACCACCGAUGCAUUCGCCUCCAUGAGCACUAUUGAUGUUUACGACAUCAAAACUAGCACCUGGUAUCACCAAAAGACGUCUGGUGAAGCACCUCAGGUACGAGUCAAUCCAUGCGCGGUUAUCUUCUCGGCCCCUGAUGCGAGCUCGUUUAAUAUCUACAUGUACGGCGGACAGAACCUGCUCCCGUAUGGAAACCAAACCCAGUACACAGACAUAUGGAUUUUGACUGUGCCGUCGUUUACUUGGAUUAAAGUCGAUGCUUCAACAAGCAAGGAGCCACCGGCCCGAGCUGGCCACCAAUGCGCUGCUCGAGACGGCCAGAUGGUUGUGAUUGGGGGUUAUGUUGGCACCAAUAUUGCUUGUGACAAACCUGGGAUCUACAAUUUCGACGCCUCAAAUUUAAACUGGAAAGAUUCCUUUGACGCAGCAGACCACCCGGCAGACGAUCACCCGGAGAACAGUAUCCUCGCCGGCAGUUACGGCUACAAGGUGCCUGAUAUAGUCCAAUAUGUCGUGGGCGGCUCGUCCGACGGCGGCGCAACAGCAACCCAACCAGCAUCUGGCCCUGCUACAGACGGGCCUUUCAAGACGGGUACGCCACCAGUAUUCACCAUCACGGCACCCGGUAGUACCGCGACCGUGUCAAAUGGUGGCUCCGGACCCGGUGGCCCAUCUCCAUCCCCCUCCGGCACGAACGGGGCCCUGAUUGCCGCAGGCGUAAUAGCAGGAUUUGCAGGUCUGGCGGCAGUAUACCUCGGCUUCUGCACGUGGCUAUACCGUCGCCAGGUGACCGCCUACAGGAAGCACAUGGCCGCCGCAAACCGGUACUCGGGCUCCGUGGAGGGCCCCGCCGGCUUCGAGGCGGCGUUCGCGGGCAUGCGCGACAAGCUGCGCAGGGGCGGUCACCGGCGCGAUUCCCCCGGCGGCUCCAGCGAGCAUUUCGGCUGGGUGGGGCGUCAGAGCGAGCCGAAGUGGGCAGCGGGUGACGAUCCGAGUUCUGGCACGUCCGGAUCGGGCUCGGGCUCGGGCUGGCCGCGGCCUAGCGAUGACAGCCCCUGGGCGUAUGAUAACUACCUCAGCGGGGUGGCGGCGGGGGUUGGGCGCUCGAAGAGCGGCGCGAGUCGUAGCACGGCUGGGUCGGCGGACGCGCUGCUGGAUGGACGGCAACCGAAUUUCAUUAGCGUUGUGUUGGCGCCUAGACGUGCGUUACGCGUUGUGAAUGGGAUAGAAGAUCAGCAGUAAUAUCUUCUUGCUUGGUCCCCUCCCCCCCUUUUUUUUCACCCAUCUUGAAUUGUACAUUGGUAAAACAUGAUAUCUUGGCAAAAAGGCACCCGGGUGAAGGGUCUCUGGAUGAAUUGAAUGAACGAUAUAUGAGGAAUGAUCUGCGAGAGUCAACAAUUGUUUUGGUUUCGCUUUCGUUUUGUUGAAUGAUUGUACGAUACCCAGACUUCGACGAAGUUUAGAAAUAUGGUAACAGGUACCCAACCUAAUGUAGGAA